UAAAUCUUUUGGUUGGCUUCUACACUACGUGGACAUAUUGUCAUCUGCCGUAAGAUCAUUUGUCGACGAGAGAUCUGUUGUAAUUCACAUUUGCAGCAGAGAAGCGCUCAACAGCUGACUCGCUCGUGCAGCAUAUUCUAUUUUUACGUUCGUUUCAAACUUAUCUUAAGAAUUCUUCAUUAUAUUUUCGUGAGCCGGCCGAAAAUGAGCUCCUCGUGUUUUACUUCUUUGGCAUUUAUUGCCUGUUUGUUCGUCUAUGCCUUUGCGCAUGAAAGACCUGAACAAGAACGAGAUCAUUUGUCAGUUGGAAUAAUGCGAAAACCAGACGACUGUCCAAGAGAAUCGAAAGAUGGGGACCAUUUGACGGUCAGAUACAACAACACAUUGAUUGACCAAACUCCAAUUUUAACCACAAGCGAAUUUGAGUUUACUCUCGGAGAAGGACAAGUUAUUCCCGGCUGGGACAUGGGAUUGAAGGAUAUGUGCGUAGGAGAACUCCGUGAGCUUGUUGUCCCGUCGCAAUAUGGAUAUGGGGAAUACCCCGUCGGGGAUAAAAUCCCCCCGAGAGCACUCCUAGUAUUUUAUGUAGAGCUCUUGAAAAUCGCUGACCCCUCGGAGGAUAGCGGCAAGCCCAACAUGUUCAAAGAGAUUGAUGUCAAUGGAGAUGGACUGAUCUCACAUUCAGAGGUUGCUGGAUAUCUGAGGCGAGAGGGAAUGUCAAAUGGCGAGGGAGAUGAAAGCCAUAACAUGCUGUUGCAAGAGAUCUUUCACGAGGAGGACAAAAAUAAGGAUGGUUUUAUUUCACACGAAGAAUUCCAAGGAAUUAAACAUCAUGAACUUUAGAUACUUUUUUUCAAAAAAUGUUUCAGUCGUAAACAUCCCUAAAUAUAACAUCUUACAUAGAACAAGGUUGUUGUGUGGCUCAUACAAGUUUUUUCUUUGUUCGAGCACUAACUUGAUGUUAUU